UUUACUCCACAGGCUUAUCUUAUGAGUGAUGGGCAGUUUUUAUCGAAAUUUAUAUAAUGCGCCAGAAAUAGAAUAUUGUGUUACUAGUGCGAAAAGUGGGCGAUUUCGGACGAGUGUGAAGUUUGCAGCGUGACCGAAAGCGAGCGCUGUAUUCCUUAGAGCAUGUAUACUACUAGAUGCAGCUACGCAUCCGAUCAACCUCGCGAAAACUGCAACCGAAAUACACACUCGGGAUUGGUGCUCACAAGUUACAUACCGAAGUCGUGAGCUGGAAUGAUGCCCGGCGGAAUUGUCACGACGAAAAUGCAUCCCUAGUAAUAGUCAACUCCAUAGCCGAGGCAGAACUUAUCGGUCAGCUCAUUAAUCGAGCGGGCAAACAUAACGGUUGGGUUGGUGUCCAUGACUUUUAUCACGAAGGCGAGUUUGUAACUAUCCACGACGAAACGCUGAUCGAAGCUGGAUUUGAAGGGUGGGUACCAGGGGAACCAAACGAUUUAUCGCAAGGCGAAGAUUGUGUCAACGUUCAUACCACUGGCAAGAUGAACGAUGAUAAUUGCAACAGUAAAUUCGUCUACGUUUGCGAAUUACCUCGUGUUCGGUCGAGUGUAGAAAUGAACUGGGUUCAAGCAAGUCCUUCCGAAACGCAGGACCCUGCCGGUACCACAGUAAAUCCUACAGUUCAUCAAUCUGCAGUUAAUAUUCAUAACAUUUUCAAUUUCGUUCCAGUUAAUAAAUGCGAUUCUUGAUGCGAAGAGUAAUUUUUGUAAUCUUCGAAAUAUUCUAUCAAGUUUUUAUACGGCAUGUAACUCUGUAAAGUACAUUACAUGAAUAAAUCAGUAUGUCUGAAUUGGUGAAGGUUUACGAACGAUGCGCAA